AUAUAGAAUCUAAAGUCUUUAUAACUUUAUGCAUGUUAAUUUUUUCCGAAAAUUUAUUUUACUAUUCUAUAGAUAAACCUAAUAACAAACAAUUAAAUAUAUAGUUCGGUAAUUUUAUUUAAAAUCUGGCUUCACUAAGAUUUUAUUUUUGUAAAUAAGUACAUAACGCAGUUUACAGAACAGAACACUACCAGUUUUCCAAAAUUUUGACCAAUGAUUGAAUGACCAUACAAUAUGUACAUUGAAUGUACAUAUGUACUUACUUAUGUUCUACAUCGGUUUUGUUUAUGCAUCAUGCAAGUUAUCAUCGCGGUGUCAUCCUCAUCAUUAUUUUAUCUAAACGGGUCAGACUCAGACAACUUCCGUUUUCGUUGGCGUGUCAACGUCUGCCAAAGUUUUGAAAGUGUCUGGUUUUGAAAGUAAAGUAUAAAUCACCUCAGAAAAAUUUAAUAAAAUCAAGACUUGAAACCUCACCUCACCACAGAGUACUCUUAAAUUGACCAUCCAGACUAAAACUUUGAGUAGGAUAUGGAUUCCGAGACUGAGGACAACGUUGUCACUGAUGGCGAGGAUCAGGUUGCCACCUCGCUCCCAACAACGACCCCACUGGUCGCGGUUCCAUUGAUGGCAAUGGUAAACAUGCCAUCAUUGUAUUCGCAAUGUGAUAUGGGGGAUCUGCAAAAUUUGUAUCCGUUCUCUUCUGAAGUUGACAUACCGGAAGAGAUAGAACUACCUGUCGAAGAGGUAAAUGGUCUCUCGCUGAUGUCUGAUGAUGAUUUCGCAAAUCGAGGAAUAAACAACAUUGCUCGUGGGAGGAAAGGAAAUCCAAAAGUUGGGGCCGACAGGAAGAACCACUUUAGUCCUGGUGGUGCGGGUGGAAAUGACGGUGGAGGGGGUGACCCCGAUGUUAAUAAUCUGACGCUGGAAUCCGUCGGGGGACUGGAUGAUCAUAUCGCGUUCAUCCGACAAUCCGUCAUGUAUCCCUUGAAGCAUCAAGAGGCCAUGCAGGAGUGGGGUGUUGAGCCACCAAAGGGCAUCAUGUUUCACGGCUCCCCAGGCACGGGAAAGACGCUGCUCGCAAAAGCAAUUGGCAAUGAGAUUUCCAAAUUGACAGGAAAGCAGGUCACGUUUUAUUAUCACAAAGGCAGCGAAUCCUUCUCCAAAUAUGUUGGUGAGUCUGAAGCCAAUUUACGCCGACUUUUCGCCAAGGCCGUGGCUACAAAACCUUCCAUCAUAUUUUUCGACGAGAUUGACGGUCUCUGUCCAAAUCGGGAACGUAGUGCGAACAUUUGUCAUGCUUAUGUCGGCGUAGUGACGGCCAUGUUGGGCUUAAUUGAUUCUGUGAAGAGGGGUGACGUUCUUAUCAUUGGGGCUACGAAUCGACUUGCUGAUGUUGACCCUGCCAUUCGUCGUCCUGGUCGGUUCGACAAAGUGCUGUUCUUCCCUCUCCCGGACGAAGCUGGACGCAAGAACAUCAUCACCAUCCACACCUCGCAAUGGUUAUCGGACAAGCCAACUGGCGAAUUUUUGACCGUUCUCGCCAAAAAAACGGUAGGAUUCACAGGAGCAGAUUUAAAGAAACUGUGCACCGACACUGUGCAAAAUGCCUUCACUCGAAACGGUGACGGAAAGACGAUCCACGUCACGGAGGACGAUUGGGCGACUGCCUUUUCACAAAUGAAUAAGUCCAGCACAGCCGUCUUUGGAUCGUCGGUCUACGUUGCUGACCACGUCCCACCACUUCUCCUCCCCCUCUUCUCGGCAGAAAUGGCUACCCUGCUCCCCAAAUUGGACCUCUUCCUACCCGACGGUCAGCUCGCCAAGACUCCCGGAGCAGGGAAACUGCUGAAUGGACCGAGCUCGUUCCUCGUAUGGGACUCGAUCCUCGUCGAUGAUCGGUACCAGUUGGGUCUCCUCAUGCAAAAUGUUCUGACUCACCCACGACUGAGCAAGUACUCCACGUACAUUCUUGACGUCCCCACCCUCGCCAAGCUCCAAGCGUCCAGACGAAACGUCACAAUAACAAAAUUGGUUGGCGAUCUGAUCGGCCAGAUUGAACAGAGUGAAAGUCCCUGUGUUCUCUACAUUCCUCAAAUAAACAAAUUGUACCAAACACUUUUCGCAGUGAUUAACCAAAGAAAAGGAAAGGAGGAAAACCACCAAAUUCCCGUGUUCAUCUCCCAGUUGAAGAGCAUUCGUGGGAAUAAGUUAAUCCUGGCCACGUGGGAGGGUCAGAUGACCAACGUCUUUCCACAAGUAAAGUCCCUCUUCAACCUUGAGCAUGGGAUUUACAAGCUUCAGAAAACUGGAGAUGCGGAACGAAGAGCAUUUUUCAAGCAAUUGGCUCCUUUCUCGGGAAAAAAUGAGGGACCCACAGAAAAUAAGAGGAAGAAGAAGGGCAACAAUCAGAAUGGAUCAGAAGCGUUCAACCGGCUGCUGGAGGAGAUUGUGGAAAAAACUGGGGGAGAUCCGAUGCGAUGGGUCGUGAAUCUCUUUGUGAACUUGAGCAAUAGAAUUGACAAGAAAGAGGACAAGAAUUUGAUAACAGAUUUGCGAAAUUAUUUGGACCGAUUAUGA